GGUCGUCGUCGUCGUCGUCGCAUCCCACUAAAGCAUUACAAUCAAUCCAUUGCUACGGCUGCUGUAUUGUUCUUUCCACACCUGUUGUUUCUCGCUACAUUUUAAUUCCGCGACGCGAUUAAUUCACAACAAACGCUUAUCCAGAGCUGUCAAAAGCAAUAUCCUCGACGCGCCAUCAAACGAACGAGAGAGUCGACGGACAACAAUAGCAAUAUAAACGCGUUUUCAUUAUUGACUUCACUUAACAAACCCUACAUUUCCUCGCGCGAAAGCGCUAUACAUUUCUUGCUAUCAUCAUGUUUUAUUCAGAGACUUUGUUGAGCAAGACAGGGCCUUUGGCUCGUGUCUGGCUUUCGGCAAAUUUAGAGCGCAAGUUGUCAAAAAAUCAUAUUUUACAAGCCAGCGUCAAGGAUAGUGUUGAAGCUAUCGUCACACCCAAUCAAGCACCAAUGGCUUUACGUCUAAGUGGUCAACUGUUGCUAGGAGUUGUCAGAAUUUAUAGUCGAAAAGCGCGUUAUUUACUGGAUGAUUGUAAUGAAGCUCUCAUAAAAAUAAAAAUGGCCUUCCGUCUCUCCGGUAACAAUGAUAUCCCCGCCGGACUACAUAUGCCUUCUCGAGAUGCUCUUAUGCUUCCCGAUAUGCUUACUGAAGGAGACAACCUCGAAAUGCCACCGAUGCCUGAUGCAUCGUUCCUUUUUUCCCAAUUGGACGAAGAAUCGGCAUUGGGUCGCAAACGAAGAGGUGCUAGUCGUGAUAUCAACUUGCAGGACGAGUUCAACAAUAGCCAAUUCUUACAAAAUAGUGUCGAAGAUAACAACGCAGAUGAGGACGAGCUUGCUUUGGAACCUUUAGAUGAUGAUCUUGAUUUGGGUCUUGAUUUUGGACUCGACGAUAUAAACCCUAAGACGACUGGAGCUGAUAGAUCUGGAGCUGACAUUAGUCUCGAAUUCGGGCGAGAUGCACCAGCGGCACGAGCUGUUGAAGAUGAUUUACUCAGUGAAUUGGAUAUCCAGCCACGAGCAAAGGAUGUCUUUGAUGAUGGAGAUCGUGAAAAUUCAAUCAACCUCGGGUUCGGUAAUGAUGAUGUUGGAUUCCACAUUGGUGAUGAUGAUGGGGAUAUCGACAUGCUUAACAUUGGUGGAGAACCAGAUAUGUCUGCUCUUCCACGUGCUCCAGAACUUGAGCGCCUUCGCAUUUCCGAAUCGCCACUUUCCGAUAUCGAUGAAACUAUUGUUGCCGAAGUUGAGGCAAAUCAACAACAAAGAGACGAAUCUGGAUUGUUCGCACCAGAUGACACGGAACAAUCAAUCUUCCGCCAACCAGCCCAACGUGCUAGAAAAUUCAAACCUUUAAUGCCUGACGAUGAUACUACCAUUUCCAAGCAUGCUAUUCAAGAGUUGCAGAAGAAUCACGAGGCUAUUUUACGUCCUCAGUCGUUUCUUCCCCGUGAUCCUCAACUUUUGGCAUUAAUGGAAAUGCAAAAGAAUGGUGGCUUCGUUUCCAAUAUUAUGGGUGAAGGAAGAAGUAUGGGUUGGGCACCAGAGCUUCGUGGAAUGCUUUCACUCGAUGCUGUUCGUAGGACGGGAGACUUGAAGCGUAAGCGCGAUGGUGGUGUUGCUGAUUUGGAUAAUGAGCAAGACCCAGGUGCCAACAAAUCACCACGCUUAGAUCUUGGAGAGGAAGAGGAUCUAGGUGCCAACCUUGCUGGUGACGUUGGCUUGGGUCGGGAUGACACAAUGAUUGCUGCUGAUGGUACAAUCAUUGAAAUGGGAGGUGGCGAUGAAUUCAAUAUCAACAUUGACGACGAUGAACACAACGCUACCGCCGGUUUAAGAGAUGCUCGCAGUGCAAGUCCAGGCAACCAAUUUGAUGAGACAACUGCACCUCUCGUUCACCCUGCGGAUAACGGUCCUGUAUCACUUGGUACAACUCACGCCGUUCACCUUCUCCGUGAACGAUUUGGCGACGAGGCAGCUAAUAGCCCAGAUAAGCGCAAGAAGGCCAGCGUUCUUUUCCAGGAUUUAUUACCAGAAGGCACAACGAGCAAAGCUGAUGCUACCAAGAUGUUCUUUGAAGUUUUAGUACUUGCAACCAAAGAUGCUGUCAAGGUUGAACAACCAGAAAACUCUCUAGGAGGACCAAUCCGUGUUAGAGGCAAACGAGGUCUUUGGGGUGCCUGGGCUGAAAGAGAAGCUGGUGGUGAAAUUGCUGAGGAGAAUGCCCCUGGUCCAUCAGCUACCGCACCUUUGUUGGAAGCAUCCAGAAUGGUCUCUGUUUCUGCUUAAGAAAGAAAAUAGUCUGUUGUUGUAUGAGUACAUAAUUGAAUUUAAGGAAAAGGGAAACGCUGGUUCAGCGAUUGGCGUCAAGGUUAUCUCUGUCGUAGGCACAGCUCUUAGUUUAUGAAUCUGGCGUUUGAGAGUUGAUAUCCUGGGCGUUAUACGAAAGCUUCAAAGCCCAGUCCAAUUGAUUAUUGGGGUUUGAUUGGGUACUAUAUGGGCGUGCAACUUGAAAGUUGUGACGAUGAGUGAUUUAGUAGUGUUCAAACGUAUAAAUAAAAAUUUACAAUGUUUAUGAUUACCUGGUCUGUGUUCA